CCGGACAUAGAGCAAUUCCACAUUCUGGACAGAUCCAAGCAGAAUCCUUCCUCCACAGCUCCAAGAUGAUGAAGCUCGUCAUUGUCGCCGUUCUCGUGUGCGCCGUUGCGGCCACCUACAAGGAUUUUCCCUACUACGGCAGGUACGCCUACGGUCGCCCAGUCCGUUACGCCCCAAUCGCCGGUCGUCCAGAAGACUACUUGGCCAGCUGCGCUGGAGUCAUAUACAACACCAAUACACAGGACUGCUGCGGUGGAUAUGUUUACAACAGAGCUACCCAGGACUGUUGUGCUGGAAGCCUGAUCAUCAUCAAGCCAGCCCAGUGCCCAGGCGUGCCCCUACCCCCAGUUGAUCCAAUUUAUGCACCAGGUUAUGGCAAGAAGUACUAAACAGGACUGCGACUCUCAUCUGAGGUCAUGCACGUCAUGUUUUUGGGUGACUUAAUGUUUUAAAUCAGCUCUGAAUUGAAUCUACAUAAUAAAGAUUAUCUAAGCUUA